AUGGCAAGUCUUGAUGAGAAAAAGGGCAUUGACGUCGGUCAGACAUACAGAAAUGUAAAUAGUUGUAAAGAGUUUCUUGUAUCAAUAGCUGCUGUUGAACGUAAGAAAAUAGAACAUAAUCUGAGAGAUGCAAAAUUUUGCACAAUUAUGUCAGAUGGAUCAACGGAUGUGUCAGUGAUUGAAAAUGAAAUUGUAUAUGUUCACUUUGCAUUGAAGGGGAAAAUUCACUGCUAUUUUCUUGGGCUUAUUGAGUGUGAGCAUGCUAAUGCUGAAGGAAUUUUCGAUGCAAUUUUCAAAGCUGUGGAUUUUGAAGAUAUACCCAAGAGUGAAAUGUAUAACAAAAUAAUUGCUUUUGCUGGUGAUGGAGCAAGUGUCAACACAGGUGAAAUAAAUGGUGUGAUUUCACAUUUCAGGCGCAACAUCAACUCCAAUAUACUCAUGAUUAAAUGUGUGUCUCACAGAAUUGAACUGGCAUUUAAGGAUGCAAUGAAGUCAUCAACACUCUAUAACAAGAUUUUUGACAUGCUUGGUCAGUUGUUUAAAUUCUAUCAUAAUAGUCCAAAACAAAUGGCAGGACUCAAAAGUGCUGCUGAAGCUUGUAAAAAAUCACUGCGACAUCCAACACGAGUAGGUGGAACACGAUGGGUUGGACAUGUCUUGACUGCAUUAAAAAACUUGCUGAUUGGCUACAAAGUUUUUAUCACUCAUCUAGAACAAGUUGCUAGUGUUAGAUCUCAAUCCAGUGCUCAGUCCAAAGCCAAGUUCUUCUUGAAACUUCUAAAGUCAAAGGAUGUCAUUACAUUUGCACACUUCCUCAUUGAUGUCUUGACAGUUAUUUCCAGUAUGUCCAUGGCUCUUCAGAAAAGAGGAACAUGUGUGUAUGAAGUUCACAGACAGCUUGAGCUCACAGCAACUAAUCUACGGAAGCUAGAAACUAGACCAGGAUUAGAAUUACGUAAAAUAAUGGACUGUGACGAGUUUCAUGGAGUGUCAUUCAGUCAAUUGACUGGUGACACAUCAACAUCACAGAUGCCUAAAGUGAUUUCAGCUUUGAUUGUUUGCAUACAGAAAAGAUUUUCUGAUAUUGAUGCGGGGAUUUUCAAAUGUACAACAGUUGUUCAACUUGAUAGCUGGCCCUCUGAUUACCAGGAAGCAACUGAGUUUGGAGAUGAAGCAGUUUCAGCAGUUUUAGACUAUUACCAUGACAACCUUGCUGCACAGAAUAUUGAAACUUCCCUUGUUGAGAUUGAAUGGACUCAGCUUAAGCAUUUGUUGUGUGAAAAUCACACAGUUAAGGAAAUGGAUUGGAUAAAGAUUAAUGAACUCUAUCAUAGUCAAUGCUCCAAUAUUCUUGCUGUGUUUGAUUUGAUGCUCUCAUUGCCUGCUGGAACAUCCGAGUGUGAACGAGGCUUCUCUCAAAUGGCUAUAGUCAAGUCUAAGUACAGGAAUAGACUGCAUUCAACAACCAUGACACUGCUGAUGACUGUAGAUCUUCACUAG